AUGAACAGCAAACAGAUGUUCAGUGCUGUCUGUUCUUCUGCUCUGCAGGAUCUGCUCAUGGAUUGCUAUGUUGCUGGAGAUCUGCUGACAUUUCUGGGUAUCUGUACUCACACUGAUCGCAUCACAUCAUUGGUCAUCAAACAGAAUGUCCCGCCCCCAAACUCACAUCAUUGGUUGAGCCAGAAGCUGAUGUUGGAUCGCGCACAAAGAGACGGCGCGGGUCUGAUCGCUUCACAUCUCAAUGUGGGACAGCGGAAAGUGGCAUCAGAGGGAAAGUGGAUUAAAGUAGGUUCCUCUCCUCCUCCUCUCUUCCUCGUUCUCUCUCCCUCACGGGCGCGCGAUUUUUGGCAGGGUCACCUGAGUCCUCCGACAAAGGAACGCUCUCGUCCAAUCAGCCGCAGCCGCUCUACUGUUUCAUUAGGAGUGGGCGGAGUCUGGCGGUUUGGAGAGAGAGUGAUGCUGAUUAGGACUCUUUAUAUUCACUCGGGCCCCAAUCAUCCCAUCAGAACUUCAGCAGGAGACUCCAGAUACGGACCACCUGGGAAAGAGCCGCGGAAACCCAACAGAACCAGCACCGACCCGUCUGGAGAUAUGGGGACGUGGACACACACACUCCGCCAGGAGACGGACAGUGACGAGUCUCUUCUGAAGCGAGAUGAACAAACCACAAGUCUGAAGAUGAAGGAGGUGGUUGGUUGCACACAUGACGACUGUCUGUGUGAGUGUUUCCUGCCGGGACGAGCUCAGAUCAGGUCAUGUGAUCGCUGUGCUCAUGGAUGGGUUGUUCUGUGGUCCCCACAAUUGGGUAAGGUGUGCGCUCCGGCUCUGGUGUGUUCGGGUCAGGUGGAGAUCGUCCAGAGUAACGUGGUGUUUGACAUCAGCAGUCUGAUUCUGUACGGGACGCAGGCGAUUCCCGUCCGGAUGAAGAUCCUGCUGGAUCGGCUGUUCAGCGUCCUCACGCACACACAGGUGCUCAACAUCAUACACACACUCGGAUGGACGCUGCGCGACUACGUGAGAGGAUACAUGCUGCAGGACUCAAUGGGGAAGGUUCUGGAUCGCUGGGUCACCAUGAGCCCGGAGGACGAGGUCGUGACCUUGCGUCAGUUUCUGCGUUUUGGAGAAACCAAAUCCAUUGUGGAGCUCAUGGCUGAGGAGCAGCAGAUGUGCCCAGAAACCCAUCACAGUCCUGCGUUCAAACCCAGAGAUAAAGCGCCCGUACAAACGCACCACUUUGAGAAUCUACCAGGAGGAAACCUAGCAUUCCUGCAGCCAUUUCACUACGUCAGUCCGUCCGCAUUUCCACCCUCACCAGCUGUGGAACGUCAUCCAGCAACGCAAAAACUACAGCAACUCAGCAAAUACAACAACACUGAUGAAAUAAAAGCCAGAAACAAAAAAGAUGCUGUUCCUGAAAGGCUCAUGCGUUCCACAAGCUCACCAAAACACCUGCAAAACGAAGAAGUCGGUCUGGCAAUCGCGGAGUCUCCGGGAACACGCGAACGCCGCAACGGCGCAUCCUCGAGCAAAGCUCGCGUGAGCUGCAGCGCGUGCGCCAAGACGUUUUACGAUAAAGGAACACUGAAGAUCCACUUCAACGCCGUGCACUUGAAGAUCAAACACCGCUGUACGGUCGACGGCUGCAAUAUGAUGUUUAGUUCUCUGCGCAGCCGCAACCGACACAGCGCGAACCCCAACCCACGCCUGCACGCCGCGGUCGAACACGCGACACGCCGAUUGGUCGCUCAACCUCGUCGACCGCUCUUAACCUUGCGUGAAACUACCUCACCAGUUUCUAUUGUGACCAACAACACUGUGUUGACUCACCAUCAGAUUCCAGUUAUCUGUGAAGGAGGAGGGGGAGGAGCUACAGGCCAUCGUACGGCCAAUCAGAAUGCGUUUGACACGGCGCCAAAAAAGAAGUCGAGGAAGUCCAGUACGCCGUUGAAGCUAAAGCGAGAAACUCGCAGUGAAGAACACAAUCGGUUAUCACCAGGACAACCGGUCAACGGUCUCCAUGGAAACCAGUCGCACAUGCAUUACAACCACAAACAAUUUUGUAAAACGCCGUACGGUUACCAUAGCAACAGCCACGUGGAAGAGAUUCCAGAAGCGCGUGACGAAUGGAAAGGCAGGUGUCGACCUCUACCAAAGGUUAAAGAGGAGCUGUGUGACCCCACCUGUGACUGUAGAGGUCGUUACCAUAGCAACCUGUGA